AUGGUUCUGAACUUGUGCCUUGACAUCUGCAAUAAUGGCCCGGCCCCUCCCACUGUCGCGCCCUCCCCCUGCCCGUCGCGUCGCCCCCCCCUCCCCUUCCCCUGCCCGUCGCGUCGCCUCCUCUCUCCCUGCCCGUCGCGUCGCCUCCCCUCCUCCUGCCCGUCGCGUUCGCCUCCCCUUCCCCUGCCCGUCGCGUCGCCUCCCUUCCCCCUGCCCGUCGCGUCGCCUCCCCUCCUCCUGCCCGUCGCGUUCGCCUCCCCUUCCCCUGCCCAUCGCGUCGCCUCCCUUCCCCCUGCCCGUCGCGUCACCUCCCCUCCUCCUGCCCGUCGCGUUCGCCUCCCCUUCCCCUGCCCGUCGCGUCGCCUCCCCUCCUCCUGCCCGUCGCGUUCGCCUCCCCUUCCCCUCCCCGUCGCGUCGCCUCCCUUUCCCCUGCCCGUCGCGUCGCCCUCCCAUCCCCGCCCCUGUCCUACCGUCGCGCCCUCCUCCCCGCCCCUUCUCACCGUCGCGCCCUCCUCCCCACCCCUUCCUACCGUCACGCACCCUCCUCCCCGCCCUCUCCUAACGUCGUGCGCCCUCCCCCCGAGCCCACCGUGCCCUCGCCCUCACCUAGGCUCGCGCCUCCGCGUUAGCCCGUUCCCACCCGCGAUUGGCACGCGCCCGAACCCCACUACCGCCCUGCGCGCGGGGCCCUAG